GGCGUCAACGUCCAACUGCAGCAGCCGAACGAUCGAACGAGACCCCACGACGGCGACGACCCCGACGCAGCGAAACAGCCAACGACGGCGGCUCCCGCACGACCACCACACGCACGCGAUCCAACGAAAAGAAACACCACUCCUUUCUCCCACAAAAGGCCCGCGACAGCCACCAGCCCACCAUGCCGCAAGACAUGCCGCCGGUGGGCGGCUACGGCGCCGUCCAGUACAAGCGAAACCUCCCCUCGCCCGGCUUCCGCGGCGCGCAGCUGCUCGUCGGCGUGGGGCUCGUCAUGACAUACGGGUGGUACAAGCUCGCAAAGGGCAUGCGGGAGCAGAAUGAGCUGGCCCGCGAAAAGAUGUGGGCGCGCAUCCACCUCAUCCCCGUCCUGCAGGCCGAGGAGGACCGCGACCUGGUGCGCCGCCACCUGGCCGACCAGGCGCGCGAGCGGGAGCUGCUGGGCGAGAACUUCAAGGUGUACAACUCGGACAGAUAUGUCCGCCCCACGUUUGCGGCAACGCCUACGCAGACCAAGGAAUAAGGUGGGAGGGAAGCGAGAGGCAGUUCGGGAAGGGGGAAAGGAUGGAACCCUGGGGGGUUUGUAGAUGGUGGAUAUCUGCGCCGACUGGCAUUCAGUUGGGGCUGGUAGGCAGACGGGAAUAUAUCCUCCAGGCCAUGCACAGCUAAGACUAUGGAGUAGUCUCUGAGAGCAUUGGCUGUUGUGCGUGCUGUACAUAUUCUAGAUGUAAACGGUGGACUAAAUCAAGACCACCAGGCGGAGACAUCUACCACCAAUCAUUUCACGAACCUGACUACUCGUCAAGUCACGAACACGCCCAAGAGCAAAAAAAGGGAAACAUCUCAUUCUAUCCAUCAUUAUUCUCAUCAAAAAAUCACGCCGAAAGAAAAGAGACAGGCAUAUGGACUCAUACACCAG